AUGUCUGUUGUCAUUCCGCCCGUUCCUGUUGGUCCUGACGGCCAGCCUGAUAUUCAGUACCUGCCGGAUCCCGUGAAGUACGCCGCUCGUGCUGAACGGCGCCAGAGAGAGGAGAAUCUUCCACGGACAUUGCCAGAGGGAUUCCCGCAGGAACUAAAGUCGGAUUUAGCCUGGGAUGGAAAAACUGUUGGGGAAGUAUAUGACUGGAAUUAUCAUCUCACCGAAGAUGAUUUGAAGGAAGUCGACCAGGCUCUCCUUCAUUUCAAAACCCUCAACCUGCCCAUCGGCCUUGUCAACCAAGAGACAUUCCCGCUGUACAAGCUGCACAAUAGCCUGCGCCUGAUCUCACGCGAGAUCCAUCUCGGCCGCGGGUUCAAGGUCAUUCGCGGGGUCCCGGUCGACCAUCCGCGGCCGCCAGGACAACAACUGGCAGGGAAAGCCGACGUGGUGCUGGCCCAUAUCACCGAUCUCAGCCGCAAGGUCGACACCAAGACGAUCAAAGCCCCGGCGUAUACGACCGAGAAGCAAGUCUUCCAUACCGACGCAGGGGAUGUGAUUACUCUGUUCGCACUUCAAGAAGCAGCAGAGGGCGGCCAGAGCUAUCUAUCCAGCAGCUGGCACGUAUACAACGAGCUGGCGCGCACCAGGCCCGAUCUCAUCCACACUCUUGCCGAGCCCUGGGUCGCCGAGCAGGGCGGCGAUGUCGUUAGCCGCCCAUUGCUAUACUAUCAGCCCCAGACAUCGAGCUCUCCAGAGCGACUGAUCAUUCAGUAUGCCCGGCGAGGGUUCACGGGGUACUGGGGUAAACCUCGCGCUGCGACACUACCUCCGAUCACGGAAGCCCAGGCAGAGGCGUUGGACGCGCUGCACUAUUUGGCCGAGAAGUCGGCAGUUGCGCUUGAUUUCCACAAGGGCGAUAUCCAGGUCAUCAAUAACCUGUCGAUCUUCCAUGCACGCGCGGGCUUCACUGAUUCUGACGAGAAGAGGCGGCACCUGGUGCGGCUGUGGCUCCGGGACCCAGAGUUGGCGUGGGAAACCCCUGAGAGACUCAAGUCGCGGUGGGAGUAUGUUUACGACGGAGUGGAUGCAGCAAAGUCAAUUUUCCCCCUCAAGCCUUUUGUCCGGAGUCAGUAG